AUGGAUAGCUAUACGUUUGCAUUUGCUGGUCCGGCGUUUAGGAACAAGGCAAGAUCAUUUUUAUCGCAGUUCUCCGACUCUUUCAGCGCUUUCUCAAAAUACAUUGCACCAUCCUACCACCAUGACCGAUGCGAAAGGUCUGUGCAGAUGCGUCUCUACUCACUCAACAAAAGGCAGUUUGUGUUGGUGUUUGUGACAUUCUUUGUCUGCUUUCUGGUCUGCGUACUUGUGGGCAUUGCAGGUCCACAUAUAAUAGAUUCAGAUACCCUGAAUGGAACUUUGAGUUACAAAGAACCUCAUAAUAAACAGACUGGUCCGUUUAUCCUGAGGUCACCCCCAAUGUCAACAUUUCACCAGCAACUAUGGCUUACUGCUCGGGUCAGCAUUUCCAACAGUAGAGGUUCCAGAUUUGAGCAAGAAUUUAAGAUGGGCAUAAUGAUACGAGGAGCAAAUGGUGAUACCCAAGGUUUAGAGGAAUCCACAACAAACCCAAGUCUUAGUACAGAAAUGCAUAACAGGACACGAAGACUGAAGUGCACUGGGGAAAAUUGUGAUGAGCUGAUAGUGAUGCACCUGGGAUUUUUAGACUAUGCUUAUUACUACAUCACAGUGGCAUUCCAUGACUUGGAUAGUGAGAAGCUGGAGAUAAAGGAUGUCAUGUUUACGUUCAAGAGCUACAACCCAUCAUUCACCCAGAUUGAGAUUUGGAUUCGCUUUGUCUUUCUUGUGCUGACAUUCUUGACAACUUGUUGGUUUGCACAUAGUUUACGGAAAUUUUCUUUACGAGAUUGGUCCAUAGAGCAGAAAUGGAUGUCUGUGCUUCUUCCCCUGCUGUUGUUGUAUAAUGAUCCGAUCUUCCCUUUAACUUUCCUGGUAAACAGCUGGCUGCCAGGCAUGCUAGAUGGACUCUUUCAGGCUUCUUUUCUCAGUGCCUUGCUGCUCUUUUGGUUAUGUAUUUACCACAGUGUUCGGCAGACUGAUCGACGAUUCGUUAGAUUCUAUAUUCCGAAGAUUUUCAUAGUAGGCCUAAUUUGGCUGUGUGCAGUGACAUUGGCUUCAUGGCAAGAGUAUAAUGAACUGCAGGAUCCUACCUAUUACUAUAGAUUAGAUACUACAAAUUUUGAGGGCUUUAAAAUCAUGUUCUUCAUUUUUGGAGGCUUCUACUUGUUGUAUCUUCUAUAUCUACUUGUCAGAGCAUAUGCAGAACUCAGACUUAUGCCCUACUUUGACUUGCGGCUGAAGUUCAUGACAGCCUUGAUGGUGAUCGUUGUUUCUAUCAGCAUUGCAAUCACAUUUAUGAGGUUCGGAGGUGGCGUAUUGCAGGACAACUUUAUAGCAGAGCUCUCCACCAACUAUGAGAACUCAGCUGAGUUUGUCUCAUUUUAUGGUCUUCUCAAUUUCUACAUGUACACGAUGGCUUUUGUUUACUCGCCAUCUCCAAAUGCCAUGUUUGAAACUCACUUCAAGGAUAACCCUGCCCUAUCCAUGUUGAAUGACUCAGACGAGGAAGUUCACUAUUC